UUGUUUAAACUUUUAGGUUAGAAAUCUUUAGUAUUAAUUUAAUCAAUGAAAACCAGAAAAAAUUAACUUAAUUUUGUUUUCAGCGAUGAAUUCAAAUACGCUGAGAAUUCGGGGCAGCGAAAAUAGAAAUACAAGAGGCAGCAUCACUUUUGAGCCAGUAAACUUCUCAGAUGAUUAUAAAUGUGAAAACAAUGAAACAUUCAACAAGUUCAAAACAUCAAGUGCUGAAGAUCAACUGGCAAUCCUGAAACAGAUUCUGUGCACUAUCAAAGAUAACUGUGACCAUGAUACGGUUACUUUUCUUGUUGUUACCUACUUAAAUGCUGAAAUCAAACACCCAGCAAAAUGUAUGAUCACAAGAUAUGUAACCAAAAACAGUUAUAUUCAACACCAAUUUUCUGCAAUCCUCACUCAAGAACUAGAGUCCCUUAUAAGCAAACCACAUGCAAAUCACAAGGGCUAUUUAGAUGUAGUGUGCAAAGUGGGCAGUUGCACUGAAAACUUCCCCACUGGAGCUGAUGCUGUGAAGAACUUGGAAAUAUUGCUGGCUGGAUACUUUCGAGAUUGCUUAACAUGUUGUAUUACAACUUUGAGUGAUACCCAACCUCAAUCACCUACAGAAAAAAAUGAAAUAUUCAACGUAGCACAUUCAACGUUAAGACUCCUUCUAUACUUGAUACAGAGGGUAAAUGAGGACAACAAAGCAAAACUGAUCUCUAUGUUCAAGGAAAUAAGAGCUAGUUUGAAAUGCCUCAUGUUUGAUGGUGACGCGCCUAUGGAUACUAAGUCAGUAUGUGGAAUUCUGUAUGUUUAUAUGUACGUUACGGAAAACGGUGCUGACUCAUGGGUUAAUAUAUUAGACACAAAGCACAGUAACCAAAGUCUCCAGGAUAUCUUUGAGAAUGAGUCAUCAAAACUGAGUCUCUACUCUGCGAUAGCAACUGUGAUACCCAUGUCCAAGUUACACUCGCAGACUGUGAACAAUGUUGCAGCCAUCGUAGUUCUUACUGACAAUAUACUGGAAAUUGGUGAAAGAAGUUCAGCCGAAUCGACAUUUGUCCUUGGUGUGACGCGAACAUUGGUGCAAAUAUGCAAAGGCUUGGACCAAUCCCUCGCCACAGGUUUACAACUAUUGGAUGGUCUGUUUGUAUUCGUGUGGUCGCACCUCGAGCACUAUACGGACAGCGUGCAGCAUUUGACUGCUCAAGCGCUGGGCUAUAUUAUAAAGUACUGCGCGAAACUGCAGAGAGAUGGCAAUGAAGAAGCAAUGGGCAAACUAUUUGCAGCUCUCAGUUCGUUGGAUCGCGGUCGCAAGAGUUUCUACGUGAGCCUCACUUACCUGACCAAUGAGUUGGGAGCCGACUGCAUACUGCAGAGAUGGCCUGACAUUGUUGGGGAGUUGCUAUCCGUGUUGAGCGAACAGGCGGUGCAGGCUAGUGCCACUACUGCCUUAGAGACUUUAUUACGCAACCACGUACGUCGCGCUCGCAGUGACGUCACGCACACGCACUGGAUCCAACCAAUAGUACAGCACGUUGCGAAGCGGCAACUUCACUCCGCUGAACUCAACAUUCUAGAGAACCUGCUCUCCUUGGCUGCGAAGCUGGACCAGGGCGUCAUGGAUUAUAUCCUACCUUACGUCAAAGAUGUGUGCUCGAAACCCCCAUACCAGAUAUACCCUGAUGUGAAAUGCGUGUUAAUGCUAGUGAGCGUCGCGCGCAAAGCGGGGGAACUGACACAACUGGCCAGUGAGUCUGAACACAGAGAGGACAAGUGGAAGGAUAUCAUUAGCUAUGACGUGCUGAAAAUGGCGGCCGUCGACUCGCGGCAAGAGAAUCGAAUCUUAUCUAUGUCUCUGAUAGUGGAGUCGCCGAAGUCGACAGAGAUAUUUGCUCGAGGCGAACUGGACUUUAUGCUCUGGUUCAUAAGAUACAAUAUCAACGCGCAAACUCCGCACUUCCGACAACUGGUGCUCUCCGCUAUGAAAAAGUUCAUAAAACGUUUAGAGAACAGUUACAAAGUUCUUCUACGGGAAAAUGGUCCUAAAACUCAGCCAGAUAAGGAUCAAUAUUACUUGAGGUUCGUCGAGGAUUUUACGGCCUUAUGUUUUGAGAGUUUAGUGAAGGGAGCCAAUUAUAGUAGACGCCAUUGUGCUCUGCAAAUUCUAGUUUGGUUGGAAAACGUGCAAUUGGAUGGGUAUAACAGGGUAUGGACAGAAGAGCAGGUGGAAACACUCUUAUACCAUCUCGGAGACAGCUAUGAGAUCAAUAAGGGGCUUGCAUUAGAUCUGCUCACUCGAUGUCCACACCAAUUAUUGAAGGAUAAAAAGUACACAACAAGUUUGGAACUGGAAGAUGUCUUGGUAGAAGCGUCAUCUGUCAAACCGACGGACUGUGUGACUGCGGUGUAUAAACUAAAACUACUUAGGAGCAGACUACCCGAGAACAUAGCACAGGGAAUUGACAGCACAAUAGCUAACAAAGUAAAGUUUGCCCUGCUGAGCACAUUACUGACGGAAGCUCAGAAGCAGCUUGCUGUAUGUGAGCAGAGUAUAGUGUAUGGCGCUAGAAAUGCGCCCAUGUACGGUGUACUGCAUUGUAUUGGGCACGCUCUAGUUCCGAUCAGCCCUUUCGGAAUCUGCCCGGCUAGUUUAUCAGCCAUCAUACAAAGCUUGGUGACGACUUGCAUGCAAGUGUGCUCAUGUGCGGGCUCGGUAUUGUCUAGUGCGGCGCCGGAGGGACUCCUGCCCGACGUCACUCCUCACUCUGCCACGUGUGACUCCACCGGAGGUUACAUACGUCUGGAGGACGGUAGAGAAGUGACGGCACAAAUGGUUCUACUCUGCGCGUGGAGAUCAGUCAAAGAGGUAUCCUUAAUCCUCAGUACGAUAGUGAAUCAAAUUCUCCAGCACGAUGAGUUGGAACCCGCAAGCCUCAGGUACAGCCUCGUCAAGUGUAUAGGGGAGCAGUUCACGUCGCUGCUGACUGAGACCAAACACAGAGGUGCUUUCGAGCAAGUCUAUGUUGGAUUUACUAGGCUUUUGACCAGUCUAUGGCGAAAUCCAAAUCCGGAAUUCAACGAGUUGCCAAAAAUCUGGCUCUCUGAGCUGAUGCUGGCCAUCGAGAGCGGCGACUCCAACGCCAGGCUGUGCGCCACCCGCCGCAGCGCGGGCCUGCCCUUUAUGAUACAGGCCCUAGUAAUAACAGAGUUGCAAGUGAAAGUCAAUACAAAAAGUUUUGAUUCAUGUAUGACCACUUUACUACGUCUCGCGCGACACUCCCACUGUAAAGAGACGCGCUGCCACUGCCUCAACAUCCUGCGAGCUUUAUAUCGCAAUUCUCAACUUGAUGAAAUAGUUGGUACAUUUGUUGGUGAAGGACUUAUGGUGGCUCUCUUGGGCUUCGAGAGCGGGACUUGGAUUGAGCGUAAUUCAGCAACGCUACUAUUCAGCGCGCUGAUGGUGCGGAUAUUCGGCGUGCAGCGCUCCAAGGACUCGGAGAACCUGUGCGUCCGGAACCGCAUGACGGGCCGGAUAUUCUUCCUCAGAUACCCACAGCUUUACGACUUUAUGCUUGACAAAUUAAAGGAAGUAAGCGAGAAUGGCAAAGAGCAGUUACUACAUCCAUCGUUGUAUCCAAUUUUAUUGUUACUGGCCAGGUUGUACCCCUCCUCGCUGGAAGGGACCGUCUCCAAUUUAAAGUUGGCGACGUUCGUGCCUCUCGUGGUGUCGUGCGCGCACGCGGCCACGCUGCACACGCGGCGCCUGGCCGCCAACGCCGUUUCGCCACUCGUGCCGCCCGAUUUAUACGUAUCCCACAUAGAGAGUAUGCUACAAUUAUUAUGCGAUGAAAACAUCAGAAGAAAUUUUUGCCAUGGCAUUCUAUUACAGGUCUUAAAAUUACUAAACUCUCGUCCCGAAAAUCUCAUAAUAGAUCGUGAAAUGCUAACACGCUUGGCCGAUCUGUUUAGAAAAUCAAUUUGGAUAUUGAAACAGUGUUCAGAUGAUCUCCCUUGCUAUGUGAUAGCCGAUGAGUAUAUCAAAAUUAUCAGUGUACUUAUGAAAAGGUUUGACUCGCUUCUCAACGUCACAUUUAUAGUUGAAAUUCAAGAAUAUUUAAAUGAUUUAUUAUUUAACAGUAAUAAAUUCAAUAUGAACCCCGGAAAGGAACUGUGUUUAGCAAACGCUACAUACUUGUAUCUAAUAAUUCUGAAUAUACACAACAAAAUAGAUGAAACACGUCGAUUUGUGUAUAAAUGUCUUUCCCAUGACAUCUACGAAGUUGUUUUAGCAGUUCUAGACUAUUUGCUACUACUUAACGGAAAACUAGAAAUCGAAAAUACUUUUCAACAACAUUUGUACGAAAUUUUAAAGAAAAAUAAUGUAAAAUCUCAAGGAAACUCUAAAUAUGAAAAAAAUGAUGUAAAGUAUACCACAGAGGACACAAAUUUUGAAACAUUACAGGAAAAUGUAUUAAAUACUCUUAGAAAAGACUCAAAAUACAUAGAUAUAUUAUGUGAUAUACUAAAAAGUAGCAAAUAUUUGGAAUGUACUCAAAAAUGUUUGAGAUUGAUAACAUUAGAACCGGACACGCAAAUACAUUUUAUAAAGGCAAAAGAAAGUACAAAUAAAGAAAUCAUAAAUUUCGAAAAUACUGACGAUACUAUAAUGGAUAAAUUAAUUUAUUAUAUCGAAAAUGAACACGAAAACUUGACUCAUAUUUUCUUAGCAAGUCUGUGUGAGUUUUUAACGCGGAAGUUAAAGGAAAAUGGAGUUAAGUGUAUAAGGAUAUUGAAUGUAUUAAGGGUCAUUUUCGCGUGCAGUCUAUCUGAUAAUAGUUGUGAUACGCGAAGCGUUGUGGUGGAGUUUUUGGAAAAUAACUUAAAACUGCUUUGGAAUUUGGAUUUAGAAAAAUUAAGUGAAGAGGAUCAAUUCGAAUUCGAAGCAACAUUAUGUGCCACUGUGGUCACAACACUCGAAGACGACGAUGAGUCGAUCCGCACGCGAUCAUCACACAUCAUCACGCACCUAUCACCAUCACCAUCACAUCACUAUCACGUGAUAGCGAGCAAGGCGGCGGACAUUUUCCUGGGAAUGGUGCAACAUGAUCGGAAGCACGCUGUGGCGUUGCUAACUUUAAUCGCACUGUUGGAUUUCAAGGCUGAAGUCUGUAUGAACGACGAAAUUAAUGAUGAGUGUCGGGUCUUCGAUCAAAACGAAAGGUACAAUAUCAACCUCGAAGAAACAAUAUGGACCCGCGCCUGCGCCGACCGCAUCAAGGAAAUGUAUAAUAUAGAUACAAAAACAAACAUUCAUAGCAUCAUUACUGAUCCUGUAUACAGACAGACGUAUGAAAAGCUGUGUGGUGAUCAUAUUAAGGCAUAUAGAAUGUUAAACAGUGGUGUAGAAAAUAGAAUUGAAAUUAAUCCUAAAGUUGAAUUUUUUUAUAAAAGGUUGAUUAGUUUACAACACAAUGGCAAAAAUGUAAUAUGCCAAAAUUAAAAUUGUGGCGUUUUGCAAUAGUGAAAGCUCAUUUACGCAAAAUACCAAACAAGCAUAGCGCCCGAAGCGCAAAAUGUCAAAAUUGAAAUGUUUGGAAUGACGCUUAAAUAUAAAAUACUAAGUAAGACUUCUUUAAGGGUAUGUGGUCUGGUCUGUACCCAUAAAUUUUAAGAGAACCUUAUAUUUUUUAUAGUUUAGUUUAUAUUGUUUUAUAUCUAUUCCAAUUAUACAAUUAGAUAAUACUGUAAAUAUAAAAUGUAUUUACUAAAAGUAUU